UGUGUCCCUCCAGCCUACAAGACCCCCGACAAGCUGCAGCAGGCGGCCCUGCCCCUCCUGUCCAACGCCGACUGCAUGAAGUUCUGGGGCAGCAGGAUCACGAAUGUGAUGGUUUGCACGGGUGCCAGCGGCGUGUCCUCCUGCUCGGGCGACUCUGGGGGCCCCCUUGUCUGCCAGAAGGCUGGAGUCUGGACCCUGGUGGGCGUCGUGUCCUGGAGCAGCAGCGUCUGUUCCACCUCUGUUCCUGCUGUGUACGCCCGCGUCACCGAGCUCAUCCCUUGGGUUCAGGAAAUACUUGCUGCCAGCUGA